UCCCAAUCCAAAACGACUGCUCGAAAAUACCAAAACCGUCCGAAAUCGAGCGCAUUAUCGGAAAGAUUCCGACUGGGGAUUUGGUGGAAUAACUUGGCAGCACGAAAUGACAGCAGCAAAAAGCGAAAAAUCUGUCAUGAGAAGUUCCGGAAAAAGAACGCAAGUUGGCGGGUGCGUGCGACUGCGAGGGAGUCAGUAAGUCGGGGGCAAUCAAUCGUGCAUGGUGUCUGGCAGGGCGGUAUCUGCUGCUCGGAGAAGACGUGUGUGUCGCGGAGUGAACACGAAGGAGAAGGCGCGACGAGUCGUGCGUGGCGCUUGGCAGCGUCCGCUGCACCCAGAAUUCCGGAGAAAAUAACUGGACGGUAUAUGACAGCAGCAAAGUCGAAGGCGCUCCGGAGAAAGCACCGCGAACAACAUCCGGCAUGGCAGUGUCGAGCGUCGCCUGCAGCGUUCAACAAAAGGUACUACCGGAACGACAGGUGCGCGCAUCCGGUGGCAUUCGCUACGCUCACCGAGGUACACGAAAAACGGCGAAGAAAAUCAUCCGCAGCAGCGAGGCGACGGCAGCCAGUGCGUCACAGCAUUUUUCAUGCCAUAUUAUCCGCACCUCCAGCUGCGUGGGAAGUGCUGUACCGGCAGCAGAGCAACAGCAACAACUCCAGCAACAGCAUCAGGCCCGACAAUUCGGUGCCAGCAGCAGUACAACAGCACCAGCAGCAGCAUGGCCAGGCGGUCGAGCGUCUCGGAGUAAGCCCAGCAAACCUCACAUGGCUCAAAUCGGAACUUUCAACAACUGAAACUGAUUAACGUCCUUGUUGCCAACGUCAAUGCCAAAAGGGAACGAAGGACCUGUAAAAAAAAAUUAAUUUAACUCGAUUAAAUUGUAAAAAUUGUAUUUUUUCUACAAUACAAACUGAUUAUUGUACUGUACAAUAAUCAAUUUGUAAUGUAAAAAAAAUCUCAAAAAAAUUAAAAUUUUAAUUAAUAAAAUAUUUUUAAACUAAAAUGACUAAGCGCUGUCUAUUGGAAUUAAAAUUACUAUUCAGAAACAUUCCCAAGUAACAAUUUAAGUUUUAUACUAAUCUGCAAGCUCGCUAUGAAACUUCGUUAUAAAACAACAUUAAGUUAUAUAAACCGCAAUAAAACACCUAUAAA